AUGUGGAGACUAGCUACAAGAAAUAUGGAGUACACAAGGUUGGGCACCUCGGGGCUCAAGAUUUCUCCAAUAAUCUUGGGCACAAUGGGUUUUGGAAAUCCGAAAUGGGAAGGAUGGGUAAUGGACGAAGACCACUCGCUUCCCAUCCUGGAACAUGCUUAUAAUUGUGGGAUAAAUACAUGGGACACGGCUGACUUUUAUUCCCACGGUGAUAGUGAAAGAAUCAUCGGCAAGGCUUUGAAGGCGUACAAAAUUCCUCGAGAGAACGUCACCAUUCUCACCAAAUGUUAUUUCGGUGUGAGCCAUGAUGGAAAUCAAUUGCCCUUGGCAGAUUGCGUUACCAAUAACGGUCCUAUGGUCAACCGAGUGGGCUUAAGCCGGAAGCAUAUCUUUGACGCAGUCGACGCAAGCGUGUCCAGGCUUGGGACUUACAUCGAUCUGCUCCAAAUACACCGACUAGAUCGAGACCCACCCAUGGAGGAGAUCAUGGGUGCCCUCAAUGAUGUGGUGCAGUCUGGCAAGGUGCGCUACAUUGGUGCAAGCAGCAUGGCUGCGUGGGAGUUUCAAAAGAUGCAGAACAUAGCGGAAGCCCGUGGCUGGCAUCGUUUUGUCAGCAUGCAGAACUACCUGAAUUUGCUCUAUCGAGAAGAAGAACGCGAGAUGAUACCAUAUUGUAAGGCUACAGGUGUUGGUGUCAUUCCUUGGUCCCCUGUUGCGCGUGGCAUAUUGGGGAGACCUUGGGGUUCUGCUGCUACCAAGCGUGAAGGUACUGACGCAUACUUAUCCACACUGAUAACACGAGAAAGCGAGGCAGACAAAGCCAUCGUCGAUCGUGUUGAGCAGCUCGCAAAGAGAAUCGGUGUGCCAAUGGCAUCCGUGGCCACAGCGUGGGUUUUGAGUAAAGGUUUAAAUCCCGUCCUUGGUCUGUCAUCUCGGGAAAGGAUUGACAAAGCUAUCGAGGCGACAAGGCUCCAACUCUCCAAGGAAGACAUUGAGUAUCUUGAGGAACCAUAUCAGCCCAAAAAUGUAACCGGUUACUGA